CAAACCGCUCAACUACCAACUCCUCUACCUUUGGAUGGAGUCUCUAGGGAAAGGGGAUCGACAAGGAUUGCAGCCAUGGCCGGCCUCCUCUGUCCUCCCUCCGUCGUCUUCUCGCCACCACAGUACUGCUCUCCUCCUCCAUCACGGUGGUCACCUCGUCGGCCAGCAGCAAUCCGCCACCGCGCCCCAAGAAUUAGAAGCAGCACCAGCAGCACGAGUGAGUCCUCCACCACCAUCUCCCCAACUGAAUCGACGACGACGACGACGGUGAAGCUGACGUACCUGGAGUUCAACGGGUGGGUGUGGGAGCUGGACGGCGGCUUCCGCAUCCUCGUCGACCCCAUCCUCGACGGCAACCUCGACUUCGGCAUCCCCUGGCUCUUUGACGCCGCCAAGAAGACGCUCAAGAACAACGAUGGACUCGACCUCGCCGGCGUGGACCUGCUCCUCAUCACCCAGAGCCUCGACGACCACUGCCACCUCCGCACGCUCACCCGCAUCUCCGCCGCCACGCCGAACCUACCCGUCGUCACCACGCCCAACGCCCGGCCCAUCGUCUCCGCGCUCCCCUUCACAAACGUCACCUACAUCGAGCCAGGUGAGUCCACCACCGUUGGAGGCGGCACCAUCGAGGUGCUCGCCACCGCCGGCCCCGUGCUCGGCCCGCCCUGGCAGCGCCCCGAGAACGGCUACAUCAUCACCACCACCACAACUGGGCAUAGCCUCUACUACGAGCCGCACUGCGUCUACGACGCCGCCUUCCUGCGAGACAGGGGCCUGCGCGCCGACGUGCUCAUCACGCCCGUCGUCAGGCAGCUCCUCCCGGCAAACUUCACCCUCGUCUCUGGCCAGGAGGACGCCGUCGACCUCGCCAAGCAGCUCCGGCCGAGCUACGUCGUGCCCAUGAGCAACGGCGAGUUUGAUGCCAAGGGCCUCCUCACCGCCAUCCUCACGAGGCAGGGCACCGUCGAGGCGUUCAAGGCUCUGCUCCGGGAGGCGCUCCCGCAGGUGCAGGUCAUGGAGCCCACGCCCGGCGUCCCACUAAACAUCAACCUCAACCGCAACACUUCAUCGUCAUCAUCAUAGAUCAGUUCCACUCCAACAACAUCAGACCUAUAACCAUUAAAUCAUUCCUGGGCGAAGCAACACGGCCGAGAUGAAUCCACACAUGCUGCAGCAGAUUCUUGCACGAAGCUCCUGCAAACGGCCUAUGGGAAUCCAAAUCCAGGUCGUAGCACC